UGCAAACAUCAACUACGAGAUGUAUAUCUUAGCAAUUCAAGCCGCAGUAUUCUCAUGAUUAUUUUCCUUAUACAGGAAUGUAAAACAUUCGUUAAUUAGUCUCUUUUCUAAAUUGUGUUUCAUAAUUAUUAAGGUACUUCUUGCAAAAACCAUUGCAACCAAUCUGAAACUAGAAAUGGAUGAUUCAAGUUUUGAAAAAGAUGAAGCUGUAUCUGAAGCAUGGCUUAACGGUUUAUGGUCUGUGAGUGAUCCUGUAAAUGAGAGAUCUUUUUACGAGGAGACUUCGUCCUUUUACGAAGAUGCAAUGAUCGAGCUGGAAUGGAAAGCACCUGAGCUCAGUAUGGUUACUCUGGAAAACUACGAAAAGGAAUCAGGUCUCAAAAUACCAAGGGACUGUCUGAUAAUGGAUGUGGGUGCGGGCACUGGACUCAGCGGGGAGGCGAUGAGGAAAGCUGGAUUCAGUGGAACGAUAGACGCUCUGGAACCCUCACAGAAGAUGUUCGAGAAAGCUAUAGAGAAAAACAUAUACUCCAAAUACUACUCAGAUUUCUUGAUUGGAAACAAGGAAACCACAGUCUCAGGUGACUACUACGAUCUGGUGGUUUCUGUCGGAGUUCUCGGAAAAAGAUCAGUCAGGAAUAAAAGUCUGUAUGAAAUUUUGCGUAUGGCGAAACAAGGAGGACUAGUUUUAACCAUGAUGGUGAAGGAAAGCUUCGAUGAAAUGCACUUCAAAGAAACGAUCAAUGAAGUCACUGGUGAUGGAAAAGCUACAUUGGAAUACUCCGAGACGUUUGACCGCUGCUACAGGAACCACUCGGCCAUCGGAUUUAUAAUCAAAAAAAGUUGAGGCAGUCAACAACUCACGAAGUAACACACGACAACCCAUAAGCUCAAAGACAGGGACCUUGAAAAAAAACUCUUUUUGAACUAAGCACA